UCAUCAUUCACAUCAAUUAGUUUAACAGUAGAACGGUUUAAGGCGAACUGAAAAGAUUCUGUAUUGCAUUCAAUAAGGGAAAUACAAGAAAGAAUUGAAAUGCGGCAACAUAUUGGAUGCAUACUAUUUGUGUUGAUGUCGUUGGCAUCUUUAUCGAAAGGAAUAAAAUGCUGGACUUGCGAAAAUGCAAGAAACAUAGAAGAUUGCAAUGCACGGGGGAAAUUGAAACAGUGUAACGGAGCGCAAAACACAUGUGGGAUUGAGAUAAGAGGAAACGGGGGAUGGAAUUUAAAAACUAACGUCAAAAUUUUCAAGUUUUGUAAACAAGAUACAGCAUGUAGAAACGUUCAAAAUCAGAACAUGCAGAACGCCUGGAAUCUAACUCAGUGUAAUCCAAGGUUUCCUAACUCCGUUUGUCGCUGUUGUUGCCAGACAGACAAUUGUAAUGUUGGAGAGUUGGAAUGUCUUGGCAAUAAUGAAGUUUCAAAAGACGGUAUUUGUUCUCCGGCUUUCACACAUCUUACCCAUGGUCAAAUUAGCUGCAGCAGCCAAAAUAGAAUUGGAAGCAUUUGCACAUUUCGAUGUGACCCCGGAUAUUAUGUCAGCGGUCAUUUGUCCUCCACCUGUCUGAAAUCAAAGACUUGGAGUAACCAGGCACCAUCAUGUCAACCGAUUGUUUGUCCCGUGAUUUCAAGGAUCAACAACGGUUUCUUCAAAUGCGACAAAAAUUCUCUUUUUGGAAGUAUAUGCAGUUUUACUUGCGAAAACGGAUACGAUUUGAUGGGGGCACGAACAUCAAUUUGUCAAGAGAAUCAAAGAAAUUCCGGUGUUGGUCAAUGGAGUACGAAAGGUCAAUUCUGCAAACGUAUGGAAUGUGAUUCGUUACCAAACACUCCCGAAAACGGAUACAUGACAUGCAGUGAUGGAACAAACAUCGAAUCAACUUGUGAAUUUGCCUGCGAUUACGGUUAUCAACGAGUCGGAAUGCUUUACACAAUGUGCGCCAAAGGAAAAGGCAAAGCAUAUUGGAAUAAAGAAACGCCCACUUGUAAACGCAUCAACUGUGAAAAACUUGUGGCUCCUGUCAAUGGAAAUAUAGAAUGCAGCGACGACAAAUAUCUUGGAUCAAAGUGCACGUUUUCGUGCAACAAAGGUUAUUCAAGAAUCGGAGCUAUGGCAGCAAUAUGUUCCGACAGAAAAACUGAAGGCGAGGCUGUGUGGAACAGAGAAACACCAGUUUGCAAAAGAAAAGAAUGUUCAACAUAUCUUCGUACUCCUACAAAUGGAUUUAUGAAAUGUACUACAAAGAAGUUCUACGGUUCAGUAUGUGAAUUCAGCUGUGGUGAUUAUUAUGACGUAGUUGGUGACGUCAUUUCAACAUGUGCGGAACAUAAAACAACAGGAUUGAUGAAGUGGACAAGCAGAGAACCAAAAUGCCAAAGAAAACAAUGCGAUUACAUGCCACAAACACCUCGAAACGGAAAAAUGGUUUGCUCUGAUGAAAGAUAUUACGGAUCCGUCUGUGCUUUCUCGUGCAACAAAGAAUACGAAAGAGUCGGGACAUCAUACUCUAUGUGUAAAUCGUCUAUCAAAAAACAAAUGGGAAAAGGAAAACCUCAGUGGGAUCGUUCUGAACCAAUUUGCAAAAAAAAGAAAUGCAGUCUUCCUCCAAACGCUCAUGACUAUGGCUUCAUGGUUUGUACUGAAGGGAACUUCAUUGGAUCGCAAUGCGAAUAUGGAUGCGAUGAUUUCUACAGACGGGUUGGACAUUUAUACACAACAUGUAUUGAAGAUCAUUAUGGUUACAUGAGGUGGUCUGAGGAGAAAGCUCCUUCGUGCGAAAGAAUCACAUGCUCGGCAUUAAAAGAUCCCAAGUUUGGGGAAAUGGAAUGUUCAGAUGACAAAUACGUUAAUUCAGAAUGCAAAUUCAGAUGCACGGAAGAAGAUUAUAUCCUCUACCCCAAAGCAAUUAAUUCAAUCACAUGCCAAAACGACACAAACUGGUCUGAGAUGCCACCGUGUUGUGCACGAUCAUGCCCUCCUUACGCCGUAAUGGAUAUGAUCGUAAUACUGGACUCAUCGUCGUCAAUUGGGAGAAAAAGUUGGAAAAUCAUGUUGAAAUUUGUUAACGAAAUUUUCAAUCUAUUCGUUGUGCAACGAGAUGCGAUGAAUUUUGGUGUGGUUCGAUACAACAAGAAAAUCGAUACAGAAACUAGAAUUAAUUUGAAUGAAUGUCCUGAUGACUUGGAAAUGUUGAAAGAACUGGUGUCAAAAAUGCCUUAUGACGGAACUGGUACCUGGACUGGUCAGGCAAUCUCUUACGUUCAUGAACACAUGUUGAAGAAAGAAUAUGGAAACAGAGACAACAUACCGGAUGUUGUUCUCGUUAUUACUGAUGGAAGAGCCCAAGAUGAUGUCAAACUUCCGUCGGAAGCCAUGAGAAAAGAUGGAGUGUUGACAUUUGCUCUUGGUAUCACGCCCACUAACGGCAAACUUGAUAUGGGACAACUUCGUGACAUAGCAGGAGCAGAAUCAAGGUUAUUCUUAGCGGAAGAUGGGUUCGACACACUCACACCAGAAUUUGCCGAAGAAAUUAGUGAAAAAGUGUGUGGAAAUCCAUGUGAAAGAUUACAGCAUUGAAGAUUUGAUUUGCGUAGCUCAAUUAUCCUGAUAAUUUAUUUCCCGAAGUCAUUAAAUAUGUUUGAGAUUAUGACGUUCUGAAAAGUUUAAAAGUCAUGAUUGAAGAAUUUCAGAAAUAUCAAUAUCCCGGUUGCAUUUAUCUGACUUUUUUACUAUUUAUAUAUUAUUUCUUAUUGUGAUAAUGUCAAAGGCAUUUGCCAGUGUAUAUAUAAUAUUAUUUUUGUAAUUUUAUAUUUUAAUAAAUUAUAAAAGUUAUAAUUGAUACAAGGAGUGAUAAAUGGUGGAAUUUA